CGGGACAAGUUCACGAUACACUCCAAGGCUGUAGUUUGCCAGGAUGUUGAGCUUAGAGGAGACAUUACAAUUGGAUCCGGUGGUAUUGUGCAUCCGAAAGCGACCAUAUUCGCUAUCGCUGGCCCUAUUGUUAUUGGGUCAGGUUGUAUCAUUGAAGAAAGUGCCAUCAUAGUGAAUCGACGAAAAGAAGUCAUGCGUAUCGGGGACGAUAAUCUCUUUGAGAUUGGUUGUCGCGUCGAAUGUCCAUCAAUAGGUGACUUCAACACCAUUUCGACACGUUCACGAGUUCACCAUACUAUCCGAAUAUCCUCAUUUUGCGCUAUUGGUGCAGGAUGUCUCCUCGUGCCCACCGAAGAUGAAGUCCUGGAGGAUUACACCGUCGUUUACGGACCAGCAGCCGACCGGAGAAAAUGGAGCGGAAGAGGCAAAGUGCAGGAAAUUGAUCUGAGGAGAAAACAUGCAGAAUACUUGAGGGAGAUGCUGCCCAAAUUCAACCGGUUAAGAAGGGGAGAUGGAACGUAA